GCCCAGCGAGUCCCCCGCUGUCCCACUCUUGUCGCCUGGGCUUCUUCCUCGGCAGCAUAGCCUCCCCGUUGCCGGAGAUGAGGAGCUUGAUGACGUCUCUCGUGGCGGCGCUGAUGGUACUACUGCUGUCGGCGCGGGCAGCUCCGGCCGAGCCGUCGACUGCAUCUACCGUAUGUGACGGCAACCACUCGUGCCCCGAGGGCGCGACCUGCUGCUGCAUCUACCGGCAGGGCGAGGAGUGCUUCACCUGGACCUGCUGCCCGCUCCAGGGCACCACCUGCUGCGAUGACAGCUACAGCUGCUGCCCGCAAGAUUACGGCUUCUGCGACACCAAUCUGGGAACCUGCCUCAUGGGUCAGGACAGCCCGCUUUCAGUGAAGGCGCUGAAGCGUACAAUGGCCAAGCCGCACUGGGCUUUCUCGUCAGGACCCAAGGGCACUAAUAUGUCUGAAUCUACGGAAGUAUUCGACACUUGCGACAGCACUACUCGGAUCUGUAGCACGUUAUAACGGUUCAGUCAACGGCUGGGAUAUUAGGAAGGACAAUCUGACGGAAUAGAUUCAAUUUACCAUUUAGCUUCACCUCCGGCUGCUCUUCCUUCUUUCACCAAUAAUAACUGCUAUUUGCUUUUACCAUAAUGAUUCGGCUAUGGAUAUACAGCCGAGUAAGGAGACCUUCUCCAAACGUUUGGUUAUCCUGUCUCAAACAAACAAAAAAGUUUGGUUAUCCAUAGUAAACCUUACCCACCGUUGCGGUUGAGCAGACGAUGGGUAUGAACAUGGAGCAGACGGAGUCGGAGUUGGAGUAUACCUAUGCAUAACCAAUAUGGUGAAUAGAACCAGUUAAACUUCUCGAUAAGUUUUUAGACCUUGGUUUUCCUGGCAGUAAACAAAGAACAAUGUAAAUACCUGGAAACUGUGGUUGGUGUGGCUGACAGGUGGCAGUACGUAUGUGUAUCAAACACAAUGAAUAAUCAUUCUUUAUUGAU